UGGGAGCACGGCGCAGAAAAGUUUUAUCACUUGAUAGUGAAGAAAGACUAUCACAAGCACAAUACCAACGCUUAAUUUCCGAACCCAUGAAUUAGGUUCCGGUUCUUGUUUUUUAAAAGAUACAAGCCAUUCCAAGCUGUGGGACUUGGACGUGAUUCAAGAUGACAAAGGCGUCUGGGGCCUAUCCCUUGGCCCGCUGCAAGGUAAUCUACCUCGUCCGCCACGGCCAAGCAACCCACAACAAAGCUCGCCUCGAAUCACCUGAUGAUAGCGUUUACAAAUCCGAAGCCUACUUUGACGCGCCUCUCACCGACUUAGGCUGGUAUCAGGCCCAAUACCUCCGGGAGCACGUCACCCUUACGGGAGCCAUCAAGCCCCAACUCGUCGUCACUUCCCCGCUCUCUCGCUGCAUCCAGACUGCCAUUGGUGUCUUUGGCUCAGGCAAACCGAUUCGCUCCUCGGAGCCUACCGACACAGCCCUCAUGCUUACCAACGUCGCUGGUACUCACCCAAGCGUAUCAUCCAAAUGCUGUCCCAAGUUCAUGGCCGUGGAAUGGUGCCGGGAGCAUCUGGGCAUCCACCCAUGCGAUCGUCGACAAGACAUUACAACGCUCCAAACCCAAUACCCUGCGGUAGACUUCACCGACAUUUUGAGCGACCAAGACAUCCAUUGGAAGCCUGAUACUCGAGAGCAACCGCAGGAAGUACGAUACCGCGCGAGGGGUUUCGCUAAUUGGUUGUUGAAUCAAACAGAGCAAAAGAUUGCAGUGGUGAGCCACAGCGGGUUCAUUUGGGAAUUCACGAGGCUAUUCGGCGCAGACUUGUCGAGACAGGUGAAGGAGGAGUUGCAGGGCGGCUAUGCGAAUUGCGAGGUGCGGUCGGUGUUGUUGGUUGACAAGGUCGGGAUCGAGCAACCGUUCGGAAAAACGGAUUUCGCUGGAUGUUCUGCAAAGUAUUUUCCAGGGCAGUGAACUUCUAAAUUGCGAGAACGCGUCCUGUGAAACCUUAACCCUAAAUCGUGAGAGGGAAUUAGGGGAAACCCUAAACCUAGAUUGUGGAGAACUGAUCAUGUGAAUUGAUCCGGGGCUUGGAUUAUUGAGUUUGGGUGACAAUUCUACAAUGAAUAUCUAAAUUACAAACCUUAACAUAAUUAUUUGCAUGUGUUUUUGGGGGGAGGUGGGUUUCAGCUUGACUUUAUGGAAACUCCUUUUUCGGGGGUAACUUUUUGCUAUUUUAGAAGACGUUAAUAUAAAAUGGUUUCUUGCACCAAUCCAAAUUA